CCCGUCUGGUCUGGACUAAGGACUCGAGACUUGUAGAACGACUUUCAUCAGCCUUUUCCUUGGGACUGUGUUCGCCUUAGCUUCAUGAAAGUUGCUGGCUGCGAGUACACCUAUUCCCGCGUUUUCCCGCGUUGCUACUUCUCCGUUUUGCACUAGAAAUUCUAGCAGGGCCUCGAGCCACGUGAUGGUAGAGUGUUUUUGAGUCACAAAAUCAGUACACCUACUUCUCAGUUUUUUACUAAUAAAUUUAGCAGGGCUCCGAGCCACGUGAUAAUUAAGUGAUAAUUAAGUGAUUCUAAGACCCGAUUUAUAUUAAUAAUUCUAGCAGGGCUCCGAACCAGGCCAGAUGGAUGCUCAUUCGGACGGGCCGCCUCGUGCGGAGCGGCAGAAUCUGCUGCCGCGAAGAGCGGGCGAGAAAUACGAGGCGAAGCAGAAAGGCAUGACGCGGAGGGGCAUGCUCGCCGCCGUUUCGUACAUGAUAUGCGCAGUCACACUCGUUAUGUUCAACAAGGCCGCUCUCUCCUCCUUCAACUUCCCCUGCGCCAACGUCAUCACCCUUCUCCAGAUGCUCUCUUCAACAGCCCUACUAGCCGUGCUGCGCCUGACAGACACCCUCACAUUCGCUGAUGGCUCAGCUGCUGACGUGGCUCUAGCUCGAAGCAGUAGUGGCAGCAGUAUCAGCGGCAGCAGCCGGGGGGGAGCUGCAGUGGGGUUGGGCAGGGUGGUCGCAGGCAUGUUCGCCCCAAGCUAUUCUGUGGCUACUGGGAGCAGUGGGGGGAAGGGAGGGAAGGGGGGGAAGUCGAGCAGCAGGAGCAGUGGGUUUGUGCCGCUGCAUACACUCGUUAGGGUGCUGCCCCUCUCACUGUCCUACCUGCUAUACAUGGUGGUGGGCAUGGCGAGCAUUAGGGGAGUCAACGUGCCCAUGUACACGGCACUCCGGCGCACCACAGUGGCGUUCACCCUCCUAGCUGAGAGGUUUCUGGCAGGCAGACGGCACUCCUCCUACACCCUCGUGAGUUCAGUGUGGCUGUCAUAGUGGUAGGAGCGCUGGUGGCGGCAGUGAGGGACCUCUCAUUCGAGGCGUACGGCUACUCGUUGGUGUUCCUCUCGAACGUCACGACUGCUCUCUACCUCGCUUUCAUUGCAAGACUAGGGAAAUCAACGGGACUCAACAGCUUCGGCCUUAUGUGGUGCAAUGGCGUUAUCUGUGUCCCAGCCUUGCUCCUAUGGACCUUCUUCUCAGGGGAGAUCCAGCGCGUUUUGGACUUCCCUGCGUUGCUGCACCCCAAUUUCUUGGCCGUUCUAGCAAUGUCGUGCAUCAUGGCGUUUGCUCUCAAUUACACCAUCUUCCUGAAUACCACUCUCAACUCGGCCCUCACGCAAACCAUGUGCGGCAACAUCAAGGAUCUGGGGACUGUGGGGAUCGGAUGGGCACUGUUUGGAGGCCUGCCAUUUGACUCGGUCAAUAUUGUGGGUCAAGCCAUGGGGUUCUUGGGAUCAGGUCUCUAUGCUUACUGCAAGGUCAAAGGCAUCUAGCGCCAUGAUGCCAUGGUGAUGGUACAGAUAGGACAUUUUGUCAUCGGUUCUAACGAAGCUAAUCGAUUAAUGAGGUGCCUUCCCACUUGGAUGAACGAUUUGUUGGAAGGAAUAUGGAAGUUGUAGGGAGUUUGGUUGUAGGGGAAGUGGGCGGGUGCAGAUGAGGUAUGACAUCCCAACUUAAAGCCCAGACCCUAAGUUGGAAGGCGCGAGUGUUUUCGCCAGCAAAUAUGGAGCGCAAAAAGUUGGGUAGCCCCAUGCACCCGGAGGAAAGUGAACAAUGACGCU